AUGGAUCUUGAUCCUGAGACGUCGGAUCAUGCGCACUCGCAGUCAUCUCAGCAGCAGCAGCAGCCUCCCGCUGCCUUCCCUUCCGCUGCGUUCAUCUCGCCCUUUUCCGUGUUCGGAGCAGCUGAAACGCCGCUAGUAACCCCCAGCGGACCGUCUGUAUCCGGGUCGGAUCCUGCAUCGAUGGCUGCGAAGAAGCCAGCGAAGGCUGCAACGCAAGAGCCGCCGCUGUUUCGCUUUGGGACAGGGGGAACCGUGGCGCAGGCGCAAGCGCAGGGAUCGAGGCCGUCCGGGGACUCGGCCGGCGCGCCGUCACGGGGCACGCACAGUCGGAGGGUAGCGCGAGGGGGGUGGAACCGGGGGAGAGGGAAGAGCGCGAGCCCUGAACCCAUGCUCACGGAUUUCACUGAACCCGCCCGUGACGUGCCUGUUGGUCAGACUGCCUCCGUGGAUGGCGGCGUGGGUGACGGCAUGGGUGAUGUGGCUGCGAACGGUUGGACUUGGCUGAAACCUAGCAAGGUCGCCGGCGGGUCCGCUUUCGAGGUGAAUCCAGCAGCAGGGUUCUCUUUCGGCAAUGGCGUUUCCACACCUCGUGCGCCGUCCGCAACGGCGGAAACUGCUGCUGGUGAUUUGCCUGACGAUAGCCAUUCAGCGCCCUUUUCAACGGGCCCUCCUGGAACCAUACCGCUCUUUUCCUCCUCCUCCACCGCCUCCUCCUCCGCCGCCGUCGACGCUGCGCCAGUGUUUCAAACGACAGCUGCAGCCCCGUUCGCGGCAGCAGGCGCAGUGAGGCCGCGCAUGGCGUCGGAGGGCGCGCGCGCGGGCGGGAAGAAGGUCAAGUCGCGCAGCUCGCGGGUGGCAGGCAAGGGGGGGAUCGCACCGGCUGCAGGGGCUGCAGCUGCUACUGGGGUGGGUGGUGGGCAGGAUGCGGACGGUAUGGUACGCGAUAAUGGUGGUGUUGGAAGGGAUUCGAGCAGCGGAGCAGAUGCGGACGAUGCUGCAGCAGUGGCGGGUUCUGGGUUACGAGCCAUGGCUGCUGAGGGCGAUGCCCAUGUGCAGGACAGCGCCGCAUCUGAACCUCCUCCUGCUGCCGCCGCGGCUGCUGCUCCUGCGGCUGCUGCUGUUGCUGCAGCGGCUGCUGCGGCGGGGCCUGCUCCUGUUGCUACUGCUGUCCCGCCCGUCUCUGCGUCUACAGCAUCCCCAACCAAGCACGAGCGCAGUGACACCGCGAGCCCUCCCCUGAGUGCGGGCGCGCAGCCCUCCCCUGGCUUCAUCUUCGGCGCCGCCCCCGCCCCCUCCGCGCCCGCACCCACUAUGCGCUUGGACCCGCUUGCCCGCGCCAACUCCGCGCUCACAGGUACAAGCGCAAACCCUGCCGCGCGCCUUGCCCCGCUGCCCGAGGUGGUAUUUGGAGCAGUGGCAGAGGGACACGUGGCAGCACAGGAGGCCCGCGCAGGCACGCCGGGAAUUCGUAGGAGGGCAAUGGUGGGCAGGCGGGCAGGCGGAGGGAGGGCUGCUGCGCGAGGGGGGAGAAGUGCGCGCGGAGUGGGGUCGGCUGACGCGGUGAGGUCGGCGGACGCGGAGAGCUUCGCGCCAGCGCCCGCAGAUUCGAGUAGCCCAGCAGCAGCAGGCGCAGGGAAGGCAGGGAAGGAGGAGGCAGACAUGGGGUUGGGGCUGAGCCUUGGGCUGCGGCAGUGGGGCGUGGCUGGGGGCUCUGGAGAGCAGGACGGCGCAGGCAGUGGGGCGGGUGGGGCCCGCGUGGGGAUUGGGGAGGAGCAGAUGCGCUCAGAGGAGGGCCUUGGCGCGGAUACAGCAGCGGAUGGGGAGGAAGGCGAGAAAGGGGAGCAAGAGGAGCAAGAGGAGAAAGCGCAGCAGGGGGAGGCGAGGCACGCAAAGGGCGUUGCUAGGUCGCGAGAAGAUGAGCAAGAGUCGCAGGGGCGGGCAGGGGAGAACGGUGAGAAGCUUGGUGCAGCAAAGGAGGCAGGUGCGGCGAGCGGCACCGAGGGAGCAGAGGAGAGGCGGGUGAGGGAGGAGUGGAGGGACGCGGUGGGUGGAGAGGCGAGUGUGCGGGCGAUAGGGGAGAGGAUGGCAGGCGUGGAGAUCGGCGACAGUGGGUUGGCGGCGGCAGUGGCGAGUGUGCAAGCAGAGAUGGCGAAGAUGGCUGUGAGGGGGGUGCUGCCCCACGCCCCUGAGACGGACGUACACCCUCCUUCUCCUCCUGCUUCUGCUUCUGCUUCUGUUUCUGCCUCUGCAGCUUCUUCUGCCUCUGCAGCUUCUUCUGCCUCUUCAGCUACUCCUACAAUGAGUGGCACGAGUACAACGACUACCGUUGGCAGUGGUGCUGGUGGUGCUGGUGGUGGUGCUGGUGGUGGUGGCACGGGAGUGCGGGCAAGGCUGAGUGCGGACAAGGCUGGAGAGACAGGUGACGGGAGUGAGGGUGAAUCGAGAGUGAGGCAGGUGGAGAGUGUGGUGAGUCGGUUGCAAGAGCUGAGUGUGGGUGCUGGUGGUGAGCAGGGCGGUGGCGGGGGAGAGGAGGGUGGUGGUGAGGGAAGGGGGCAGCACAAACAGUGGCGGAAGGAGCAUGAGCAGCAGCAGCAGCAGGAGGAGCAGGUGGACGAGCAACUGGCGAGGUUGAAAUUGUCUGUUGAAUCUGCUGUUGCUGGUGGUGAUGGUGAUGCUGCAGAGGAGACGGGGAGUGCGGGGGGGCAGGAAGGAAGCGGAGGAAGCAACGCAGCAGCAGCAAGCAGGGAGGGAGCCGCUGCAGCCGCAGCAGCAGCUGUUGCAGCAGCAGCGGCAGCUGCCGCCGCCGCCGCCGCAGCAGCAGAGGAAGAUGCAGAAGCAGCAGCAGCAGUGCCGGAUCUCCUAGCGAACCUGAAUCUCAGCUCGCUCCCGCUGAACCUACCAACAGGCCCAGGGUCAGACGAGAAACUCAAGCUGUACAUGGAUGGGCUAGCGUCUGGCCUCAGGCUCGGGCUGCGCCUGGGAAGGGAGUCCUUUGUUGGCUCAGGCCCCACCACUGUUGUUCCCCCACGGCCCUUCACUCCCCCAGGACCCACGGCUGUGUCCCCAGGGCCCUGGGGCCACUCUCCUCAAGGGCUCACCUCUGCUUCACCACCACCUCCACAGCCGUCUCAAGAGACGCCUGCUGCAAGGCAAGCGGCCCCUCUUGAUGCAUCUACGCCACCUGCUUUCGCUGGUUUGUUUGCUGCUGCCACACCGCCGCUCAGCACCACCCCUGCCUUUGUCUUUUCAACCCCGAACCCCAACUCCCACGUCCGUUUUUCUGGCCAGUCGUCGCCAUCGUUCCACACCCCGCCCACGUCCUUCGCCUCAUCACCUGCGCCAAUUCCCACCCCACCUUCUACAUCCACACCGCUCUUUUCCACGCCCUCCGCCCCCCUGUUCAGCUCUACAUCUGCAGCAGCAGCAGCACCUGCUGCUGUUGAUGCUUCUACGGCUGCGGCCGCAGCUCCCGUGUUCUCGUUUGGGGUUGCAACCGCACCUGGUACUGAGGCUCCUCCGUUUGUGUUUGGGAAAGGGACGAGGGUGGGCGGAGAGGGUAGUGGUCACAGGGGGCGAAGCAGGGCUAAUGGUGACAUAGCCAAGGGGAAGCCUGCGGGUGUCCACACUCCUCCUGCCGCCACCGCCGCGGCUGCUGCUGCUGCUGCUGCUGCUGCUGCUGCUGCUGCUGCUGCUGUACCACCUGUUAGGGAUUCAGCCCCUGCUGCUGCGACUGCUUUGGCGCCUGCUGCUGCUGCUGCUGCAACCAUGUCACCAUCGUCAACAGCUGCAGCAGCAGCGGCAGAAGCUGCCUCCUUUGCCGCCACAGCAGCGCCCGUUUUCCAAUUCGGGUCCACCCCGGGAGCACCAUCUGCGCCUUUCACCUUCUCCUUCACGUCCCCUCUCGCGCCCUCCUCGUCUCCGCCCACUCCCUUCACGCCCGUUUUCACCACCCCGCCAUCAGUAACGCCGCCCGCGAUAGGCAGUAGAGGGGGAAGCCAGAGGAGCUCUGCAGGGAGUGGUGCUGCUGGGAAUGGUGCUGCUGGGGCGGUGACUGGUAGUAGCCCCAGCCCCAUGGAUUGCUCUCCUGGUGGUGAGGGUCGCAUCCCUCCUAGCGUCACAGGUGAAGGGGUGUCAGGUUAUGGUGCGGGUAGUGGGAGCAGUGGGAGGAGGGAGAGCGGUGGGGAGGCUGCUAAGGGACCUGAGGUGGAUGGUGUUGGUGUGAAGCUGGGGCAGAUGGGAAUACAGGAGGAGAAGGCAAGGCAAGGGGAAGGAGAUGGGCAAGGUGUGCAGCAGCGGGAGCAAGAGCAAGGGCAGCAGCAGGAGCAGGCGAGGGGGUUGGUUGAGGAUGUGGGGUUGUUUGGAGCGACGGGAGCAGCGGCAGCGCAGGCAAGAGCAGCAGAGGUUCGAUUGGAGGACCUGGCCGGGUUCAGAUUCGCUGCAGGGGCUGCUUCCCCUGGCGGUAGACGUGCUGCACCUGGUGCUGCUGCUGCUGGGGGUGGUGCUGGUAGUGCGAGGCACAGCCACCACACGCCGCACCGCAUGGGAGCAGGAAGAGCGGGAGAAGAGCCUGCAAGGGCAGCAAGGAGAGGCAUUGAAGGAGCGGCCAAGGAUGCAGAGCAGUCAUGCGAGAAAUGGAGGCUCAAGGGCAACCAGGUGUAUGGCAAGGGAGAGUACGCGAGGGCAGAGGAUUUCUACUCGCGUGGGCUCAGCACUGCGGCGGCCUUCACAGCGUUCCCCGACUGCAUGCGUGCUGCCAUGCUGUGCCACAGCAACCGCGCAGCCACGCGCAAGCACCUAGGAAGGGUGCGCGAGGCCCUGCGCGACUGCCGCGCUGCGCUUGCUAUUGACGGGUCGUUCUCGCGCGUGCUGCUGCGCAUGGCCAGCUGCCACUUGGCACUCGGUGAGCUGCGAGAGGCACGGCAGGUGUACCUGUCUCUAAAGCAGCAGCCCUUGGGAUUGUCGCAGGGUGUAGCAGGCGGAGAUCCCAAGGUGGCACGCGAGGCAGAGCAAGGGCUGCUGCAGGUGGAGCAGGUGGAGGGGAGCAUGGGGAAGGCUCUUGCACUGCUGCGUGUGCCUUCGCAUGUCUGGCCCGCAGCUGUUGCUGCUGCAGGGGGUGUUGGCGGGGCAGGGGCAGCGGCAGAAGGGGCCGGGGGGGGAAUUUCGCGGUCAGCGUCAGCAGGGGCGGUGGGGGGAGGGGGAGCAGGCGGGGGAGCAGCAGGAGCGGGGGGGGCGGCGGCAGCAGGAGCGGCAUCAGGGGUGGUGAUGGGGAAGGAAGCGGAGGAGGCGUAUGGGCUGCUGGAGAGGGUUGGGGAGGUGUGUCCGUACUGGGAAGUGCUGCUGUGCGCCAAGGCACGCGCUCUGCUGCUCUUGACUCGCUACGAAGACGCAUGCCAUCUGUGCGAGAGCACCUUCUCUGCCUCUGAGAGCAACCACGCCGCACCCGCUGCUGCAGCAGUCGCCAGCAGCAGCAAGGGGCAGCAGGGGCACCUGGUGUGGCGGUGGGCAGUGGUGGGGCGGGCACGGUUCGGGCAGGGGCGACUGGAGGAUGCGAUAGAGCAGCUGUCGCGACUUGAUGGCCUGGCCCUGGAUCCUGAGAGCAGCGCUGGGGAUCCUGCUGGUAGUGGAGGCGGCGAGGGUGCAGAGAGGGGGGGUGGAGCAGCAGGGCUGUAUGCAGUUGCUGUUCCUGAUACCACUGCGCCGUCAGACUUCACACGGUCCAUCCAGGAGAUGCUGCAUCUCAAGGCUGCAGGCAACGAGGCAUUCCAAGCGGGCAGGCAUGAGGAGGCGGUGGAGCGAUACACAGCGGCUAUCACGCUGCCGGCGCUCGCUGCCUCGCGCCCCUUCUCCGCAGUGUGCUUCUGCAACCGCGCUGCUGCCAGCCAUGCCGCGGGCAACAUUGCAGAUGCCAUUGCGGACUGCAGCAGAGCCAUUGCUCUCGAUCCCUCCUAUGCCAAGGCCAUCUGGCGGCGUGCCACGUUGUGGGAGAGCGCACGGGAGUACGAGCACGCCCUGGCAGACCUCGACCGCCUGCUGCUGCUCGUGCGUGGCAAGGCGUGCGCUGGCAAGAGCGGUGGCAAGAGUGGGGUGGGAAGCAGUGUGGUGGAUGAGCGGCAGGUGAAGGAGCGCAUGGGGCGCGUGCAGAAGGAGGUGCAGCACGAGCAGCAGCCCGACCACUACCUCAUGCUGGGCAUGGACCAUGCAUGCACGGCGGCGGAUGUCAAGAAGGCCUACCGCAAGGCAGCCUUAAGGCACCAUCCAGACAAGGCGGCGCAGCUGUUGUUUCCAGGGAGGGGCGAUGCAGAUGGGUGGUUGAGCAGGGAGCUGGGGGAGGAGAUACAGCGCGAUGCGGACCGCCUCUUCAAGGCCAUCGGGCACGCCUACAACGUGCUCUCUGAUGAAACCAAGAGAAUUGAGUACGAUGCACAGGAGCGGGUGCGCAAAAUGCGCUCUCGGUACUCGUCCUCAUCAGCAGCUGCAGCCGCAGCUGCAGCCGCCGCAGCAUCUGCUGCAGCAGAUGAGGUGUUUGGGUCGACAUUUGGAUACGGUGCGCGCGGCAACAGCAGUUACAAAAGCCGAUGGGCCAAUGAAAGCUCUUGGGAGCGACGUCAGGACUAUUCCGGGGCUAGUACCGGCAGUGGUGCAUCGAGCCGUGGAGGAGGCACAGGUGAUAAGGGAAGGCGAAGUAAUCAGGACACACACACAGGCUCUCGGUCCCAGCAGCAGCAACAGCAACCUCACUGGAGCGAGCGAGCAUCAGGUGGUGGGAGCAGCCGGCGCAACCAGAAUAAUGCACCGCGACAAGCUGGUGGUGCUGCGGCUAAUGGUGCUGGUGGGGCCAAGCGUGGAGAGACUGGCAAGGGUUCUGGAAACAGCAGGCAACGAGUGGUGUGCGAAAUGUCGGACGCGUUGGUCAACGGCUUGGCGGGGGCGUGCGGCGGAAUCCUCGCGCAACUCGUCACGUACCCGCUGCAAGCGGUGAACACGCGGCAGCAGACGCAGCGACGGUUGCUAGCGAGGGAGCAGCGAGACGGCGCGCAUGGCGCCGGCGAAGGCGCCGCUCCGAGUGCGAACGGCGCUGCUGCGGCGGGGGCGGGUCAACGGCGCGCUGUGGCGCACAAGAGCACGCAGCAGGAGAUGUGGGAGAUAUUCCAGCGGGAGGGGCUGGCGGGCUUGUACCGGGGGCUAGAGCCAUCUCUCGUGGGCACCGCGUGCUCGCAGGUGCGCCUCCCUUCCCCCCGCUCCUGCCCCCUUCUCCCCCCUUCGCACGCUUCCCAUCCGGUCCCUGUCACUCCUCUCCUACCCCCCAAGGGUAACGUCUCUCUCGUUCUCCGCUCCUCACCUCCCACCCACAAACCUAUGGCCCGGGGUGUUUCCGUUUCUUCUCUUCCUUCCCCGUCUCCCCUCUUCCCCCCAUCCUCCGCUCCCCCUGGGUGCGCGCAGGGCGUGUACUAUUUCUUCUACCAGCUAUUCCGCAGCCACGUGGAGCAGCUAGCGGCGGUGCGCAAGGCGCAGGGCAUGGGCAGCGGGCAGGUCAGUGAACGUGUUACUGACCAACCCCAUCUGGGUCAUCGUCACUCGCAUGCAGACUCCGUAUCUUGUGCUUCUGGCCCCCCCACAUCCUUUAAAUUGCUCCUCCCUGUGCGCGUCGUUUCAUCCACUGUUCCAGCUGCUCUCUCCUCGCUUGUUCCCCAUUUUCUAACCGCCACCGAAUUCCACGCUCCCCCACCUUCCCCCCACACCACCCCUCUCUGCCUCCUCUCGUCCCUUGCCGCCUGCCAGACCCAGACACAGGGCCUGCCGCCGCCCAUCUACAUCGCCCGCCGCCCGGUUGCCUCUCAACCCACCAGUGCCUCGCCGCCCACACAUGCUGCUGACGCUGCAGCAGGUGCCGCGAGUGAUACCCGGGGGAAGGAGGCAGUCGCGCAGCGGUCAGAGGGAGUGGGCGGGGCGGGAGGGGCGCUGGUGAAGAGAAACACAGCAGCAGGCGCAGAGAGGGGUGCAGGAGGUGUUGUGCUGGGAUCAGGCUCAGGCACGUGUGAUGCCACAGGCGGGGGUGGCAGUGGGGGUGGUGUCUGGGGGGGAGGAGCAAGCGGAGGAGGAGGGGGGGGUGGGAGGAGCGGUAGUGGCGGAGGCAGUGGGAAGGGUGGAGGGGGUGGAGGGAGGUGGGGCGAGGAGGGGAGUGGGGAGGGGCCGUUGCGGGCGCCGGGGAGUGGAGGGCAGCAGCUGGUGGGGCGGCCUCAUGGCGUGCUGGAGACGAUAUGGGAGCUAUUUGAGGAGGCAGGCAUCCUUGGAUUCUGGAAGGGAGUCUUCCCAACCCUGCUCAUGGUGACCAACCCGGCCAUCCAGUUCAUGAUCUACGAGACGCUGCUGGCGCGCAUCACAGCAGCGCGCCCGGCUGCCAGGGGAGGCGCCAAGUCCGCCACCUCCACUGAGAUCUUUCUGGUGGGGGCGCUGGCCAAGAUAGGAGCCACGCUCGCAACGUACCCCAUGCUUGUCGUCAAGUCACGCCUGCAAGCGCGUCACACGGCAGGGCAGCGGUACGCAGGCAUGUGGGAUGCGAUAUUCAAGAUAGUGCGGCACGAGGGCGUGCGGGGGUUCUACCACGGGAUGGGCACCAAGAUGGCGCAGAGCGUGUUCGCCGCCUCCCUGCUCUUUCUCACCAAGGAGGAGAUUGUCAAGGCCGUGCGUGUGGUGCUCGACCGUCGCUCCCGCCUGCUGCUGCACCCCGCUCAGAGGCGCGCCAGGGCCGUGUGA